GGAGGGUGCACGGAGGAGGAUAUCCCAGCCCCUCAUCCCACCACAGCCCAUCGCACCCGCUGCCCUGCCUCCAGACCCCUGUCCUCUCCGCACGUGCACACCGCGGCAGGAUCACCUCAGCCCGGCCAACAAAGGGACCUCCUCCCGCAUGCUUCCGUCCAGCCAUCCGCAAAUAAUUCAUAGGGACGACUCCAGCCGCAUCUCCGCGCGCCAGGCUCACGUGUGAGACAGUGACAGCAGAGCACCCCCAUGGAGCUGGAGCACUUUGACGAGCGGGACAAAGCCCAGAGGAGAGGCUCCAAAGGGACGGGUCUCCCCAGCCCCACACACAGCGCUUUCUGCAGCCUGUAUCGCACACGCACGCUGCAGGCGCUCAGCUCUGAGAAGAAGGCCAAGAAGAUCCGAUUCUACCGCAAUGGGGACCGCUACUUCAAGGGCAUCGUGUACGCUGUGUCCCAGGAGAGGUUCAGGUCUGUGGAGGCUUUGCUGGCCGACCUCACCCGCUGUUUGUCUGACAACGUUAACCUGCCUCAGGGAGUGAGGACUAUCUACUCCGUCGAUGGGACCUCCAGGAUCACCAGCAUGGAGCAGUUUGUGGAAGGAGAGAGCUACGUGUGUGCCUCCAUAGAGCCCUAUAAGAAGCUGGACUACACCAAGAACGUGAACCCAAACUGGGCUGUGGGCUCAGUGCGACCCACCUCUCCGCACCCCCCCCCUCCGGGCUCCAGGGACCUGAGGGAGAGCCGGGACUUCAUCAGGCCCAAGCUGGUGACCAUCGUGAGGAGCGGGGUGAAGCCACGUAAGGCUGUGAGGGUCCUGCUCAACAAGAAGACCGCGCACUCCUUUGAGCAGGUCAUGAGCGACAUCACCGACGCAAUCAAGCUGGACACAGGGGCAGUCAAAAGGCUCUACACGGUGGACGGCAAAAUGGUGACCUGCCUCCAGGAUUUCUUUGGAGAUGAUGACAUAUUCUUUGCCUGUGGACCAGAGAAGUUCAGAUACCAAGACGACUUCAACCUGGAUGAAAACGAAUGCAGCGUGUCCAAGUCCUCCUCCUACGGCCGCCUUCCUUCGGUACAUGGCAGAGCGUCCCCUAAAGGCUGGUCCCGGAGGAGCAAGUCGCCCUCCUUCCAUGGCUCAGCCAAUGGGACAGCAGGCAGCCAACUGUCCACUCCUAGGUCUGGAAAGUCUCCUAGCCCCUCCCCCACCAGCCCCGGCAGCCUCAGACCACGCCAGGGAUCUCAGCACAGCAGCUCGUCCUUGUCUUUGGCCUCUACAAAAGUCUGCAGCUCCAUGGACGAAGGCGACGGACCCAGCAGUGAAGCAGAGCCCAUGGAGGAUCCACCCGUGCCCCCCUCCAUCUCCGACAGGUACAAAGUGGGACGCACUUUGGGAGAUGGGAACUUCGCCGUGGUCCGAGAGUGUGUGGAGAGGUCCACGGCCAGAGAGUACGCGCUCAAGAUCAUUAGCAAGCACAAAUGCAGAGGCAAGGAGCACUUGAUUCAGAAUGAGGUGUCGAUCCUGCGCAGAGUCAAACAUCCAAACAUCGUUCUGCUCAUAGAGGAGGUGGACACACCGACUGACCUGUACCUGGUCAUGGAGUUAAUCAAGGGUGGUGAUCUGUUUGAUGCCAUCACAUCUUCUAACAAGUACACAGAGAGGGACGCUAGCUCUAUGCUCUUCAACCUCGCUAGUGCCAUCAAGUAUCUGCACGGGCACAGCAUCGUGCACAGGGAUAUCAAACCUGAAAACCUCCUGGUUUAUGAGCACCUGGACGGCACAAAGUCACUGAAGUUAGGUGACUUUGGCCUGGCGACUGUGGUCAAUGGGCCCCUCUAUGCCGUCUGUGGUACUCCCACUUAUGUAGCACCGGAAAUCAUCGCUGAGACUGGGUAUGGUCUGAAGGUGGACAUCUGGGCGGCUGGUGUCAUCACCUACAUCCUGCUGUGUGGCUUCCCUCCAUUUCGUGGGACUGGAGCGGAGCAGGAGGACAUAUUUGAACACAUUCAGCGUGGAACCUUUGAGUUUUCUUCACCCCACUGGGAUGGAGUCUCUGCUGCAGCCAAGGACCUGAUCAGUGGGAUGCUGCAGGUGGAGGUGGAGGAGAGAUUUUCAAUUGUGCAGGUCCUGGAGCACCCCUGGGUCAAAGAAGAGGGGCAGUCGGGGAGUGAACCUCUGUGUGUAGCUGGAAAAAUCAAAAAGCACUUCCAAAGCGCCGCUAAAGUGAACAACACCUCAGCUGGAGUGUCCGUCAUCACUACAACCGCACUCGAUAAAGAGAAGCCAGUUUUCAGCAGAAGACGUGACGAGGAUGUGAGAUCAUACUUGCUGCUGCCGCACUGCACUGGGGCUGGAGCUGGGGCCAGAGCUGAGGCUGGAGCUGGGGCCGGAGCUAGGGGUGGAACUGGGGCCAAACCAGGACUGUCCCCCACUGAUGUGACCUCGGGCUCUGAGGAUCUGUCCCCCAGUUCCGCAGAGACCGUUCGCUCCCCUGCAUCGCCCUUUUAAAGCUCCUAUAUUACG